AGGUAAGACUGGCUAUCGCCGGUCACUUCGAGAGCCAGAAAUUAACCACGCGCCCCUUUCUCCACCUCCGCAUAUUUGCCGGCGCUUCUCAAUUUCUCCAUUUCAAAAAUUAAUCCAAAAAAGAAAAAAGAAAAAAAAAUUAUGAAAAACAAAUCCCAAAACUGAAAUCGUUAGAUUGGGGUUUGGUUCUUUGUUCUCAAACAAGCAAAAGAAGAAGAAGGAAGAACAAUAAUCUCAAUCUCAAAAAAUUUCUCAAAUCUCUGAAAUCGGCGGGCCCGUUCCUUCCUCCAGGUGAAAGCGAGCGAUCAUCGGCAUUCGAUUUGAUUUUCUUGUUUUUCUCUGAAGAAAAUUGAUCGGAAAAAGCUUCGAUCGGAUGGAGGAAAUUCCGUCGGCGGCGGCAGUUAUCGCGUACAAGCUCACGGACGCCUCCAGUUGGUGGAACGAUGUCAAUGAAUCUCCGCUGUGGCAGGACCGCAUCUUUCACAUCCUCGCCGCCUUGUACGGUGUCGUCGCUGCCGUUGCUCUGAUUCAACUUGUUCGGAUACAAUUGAGGGUGCCGGAGUACGGUUGGACGACGCAGAAGGUUUUCCACUUUCUCAACUUUGUGGUGAAUGGGGUUCGGGCUUUAGUUUUCGUGUUCCGCAGAGAUGUGCAGAAGUUGCAGCCAGAGAUUGCCCAGCAUAUCUUGCUUGAUUUGCCAAGUCUUGUUUUCUUCACCACUUAUGCGCUUCUAGUUCUAUUCUGGGCUGAAAUUUACUAUCAGGCACGUGCGGUAUCUACUGAUGGGCUAAGGCCAAGUUUCCUCACUAUCAAUGCUGUGGUUUAUGUCAUUCAGAUUGCCUUGUGGUUUAUAUCAUGGUGGAAGCCCAUUCCCGCUGUCAUCAUUCUGUCUAAGAUCUUCUUUGCAGGUGUAUCCCUAUUUGCCGCACUUGGGUUUCUUCUGUACGGGGGAAGGCUCUUCUUGAUGUUGCAACGCUUCCCUGUAGAAUCAAAAGGCCGCCGUAAGAAGCUGCAGGAGGUUGGCUAUGUGACAACCAUAUGCUUUUCAUGUUUCCUUAUCAGAUGCAUCAUGGUGUGCCUGAAUGUGUUUGAUAAAGCUGCUGACCUUGAUGUUUUGGAUCAUCCAAUUCUAAACUUGAUAUAUUACCUGUUGGUGGAGAUAUUACCCUCUUGUUUAGUGCUAUUCAUUUUGAGGAAAUUACCUCCCAAACGUGGGAUCACGCAGUAUCACCCAAUUCGCUGAGGAGAACUGGGAGACAUGACUGAAAAUGCACAGAGAGAUGUGGGGGUGGUACAUGUCAAUUUUCGAGACGCUUAUCUACCUCUAAAGAGGAUGAAACUUUGGAAGGAGAACAAAGGGAACAAGCUAAAGUCAUGGGUUCUGAAACUGAAUGUAUGAAUUGGUUCUCUGUAAUGGUUGUAGAUCUGUCAAAAAGAAUGACCUGUAUUUUUAGUAUUUUGAAAUGUGGUGUGACUUGUUUGUUAUGGUCUUUGCUUCAUCUGUUUUAAAUCACCUAUGGAGCUUUGUGGAUUCAUCUCCACAAUGAAUGGAAAAUCAGCUGAAAAAAAAAAGAUGGUUUUCUUGUAUGAA